AUGCCAUCCAUGAGGCAUAAAAGGCCAACCAAAACCAAGGAGCCAACACCCCAAAGCCCCCCUCCUUUAAUUUGCACCCUCCCCAAAUCUCCCAUCUCCAUUGCUCCCUCCUCUCUCUCUCUCUCUCUCUCACACACACACUCUCUCUUCCCCAUCUCUCUCUCUCUCUCCUCUCAUCCGUCCAUGAGGAUCAGGAGGCGGCCUCAGUCCCAGGCUCUCCCCUCGCCGCUGCAUCCAUCCUCAGAUCCAUCCACUGCACCCCAGCCUCCGCCAAGAAACCAUGGACGUUACUGGCUCGCGGGAGACAAGGAGGAGGCGGAGAAGAAGAACAGGCCGGAGCAGUUGCACUUGCACCCGAAUGCGGAUCUUGGCGACGACGAGUCGUCGGCGGUGAUGCGCGCGGCGGCGGCAUUGCCGUUGUUCCCGCAGGACAAUGCAGUGGUGGAAUGCAGCAAGAUCAGGCCCGGUGGUGGUGGUGGUGGUGCACAACAGGGAGCAGCAGAUGGUCACAGGAGCCUAGAGAAUGGCCAUUACAGCAAGCCUGGGCCGGCGAUCAAGAGCACAGGAGAACGUCUUGUAAACGGCGUCGUCCGGGCAAUGCCAGUGGCUGUGAACGUGAAGGAAGAGACCAGAAUUGACAGUAGCGGCGGCGGCGGCGGCGGAGCGAAGAAGCGGCGCGGCCCGGCGGUGCUGAUGGAGGGGUCACGUUGCAGCCGCGUGAACGGGCGCGGGUGGCGCUGCAGCCAGCCCACGCUGGUCGGCUACUCGCUGUGCGAGCACCACCUCGGCAAGGGCCGCAUGCGGAGCGUGACCGGCGGGCGCGGCGGCGCCGGACAGCUCGGCCGCACCGAGCCCAGGAAGAACAACGCCGCCGCCGCCGUCGCCGCGGCGCCCAAGGCGGCUGAGCCGCCGGUCGUGCGUCCCUGCUAGGCCGGCCGGCGGAGCGAGAUCGAUCGAUCGAUCGGUCGGCUCAACUUGAAGAUUCUUUUGUUCUAUGGUGGGGUGGGUGGUGCAUAUCAGGUGGUGAAUCACGCAUGAAUGUGAAUUCCAUGUUCUGUUUCUGUGAAUGCAAAUCCUAUUGCGUCUUUCGUGGAGAACGGACGGAUCACAGUGCA